AUGUCUAGCAUGUACGUCUACGGCGCAGGCGUGCCACGGUCCUACGUCACGCCCGAGUUCCCUUCGCUGUACUGGCCCAUCCGCGCGCCGCCCGGCCAGUCUCGAUACCUGUACUACCUCUCGGACAUCUACCGGUACACGCUGUACUGGACGCUCAUCACCAUCGUGGCGGCGCACAUCUGCGUGGCGGCGUGGGCGGUGCUGAUGCAGCUCAGCUCGGCGUCGAGCCGGAGGAGGUUCCUCGCCUCGCCCGCGGGGAGGAACCUGAGCACGAAGAACAGGAGGCUGCUCGGCGACAACCCCAUCGGCGAAACGCUCGGAUGGGUCUGGAUCGUGCCCGUGGUCUACAUCGUUCUCGGCGGGCUCGAGGCCCUGUUGGCCGGGACCAUGGUCGGCUUGGUCCUCGGCGCGGUCUACAACGCGGGAUACUUUGCCAUGAGCACGUGGACACCCUUGCUCUGGGGCAUCAUCAACAUGCUUGUCUUGGUCGUGAGCAGUUUCAGAAUACAAGGUGGCCUGUGA